CAGGAGGAGAUUUGCAUGGCACCCCUCUCCCUGGACCAACAGAGGUCCAGGUUUGCAGACGUCACUGGUCGAGGAUCUUUGUUUUCUCUCCACCUCUCGGUGGAGGAAUACAAGUUUAUCAUCCAGCCGGGACGGUCUCCUCUGCCGCUCCUCUCCUCCAUCUAUCGGCUUGCACAGGGCUAUUUCUCCUGUAUGGUGGAUAUCUUGCUCAAUACUUCUUUCUUGGAUGAUAUGGGGGAUCAUUCCAAAAAGAAGUCGGGAACCGCAAUGUGUGUGGGCUGUGGAAGUCAGAUACACGACCAGUACAUCCUGAGAGUCUCCCCGGACCUGGAAUGGCAUGCAGCCUGCCUCAAGUGUGCAGAGUGCAGCCAGUACCUGGACGAGACCUGCACUUGCUUCGUCCGAGACGGAAAGACUUACUGUAAAAGAGAUUACGCAAGGUUAUUUGGCAUCAAAUGUGCAAAGUGUAACAUGGGCUUCUGCAGCAGCGAUCUGGUGAUGAGAGCUCGGGACAACGUGUAUCACAUGGAAUGUUUUCGGUGCUCGGUUUGCAGCCGUCACCUCCUGCCAGGCGACGAGUUCUCUCUGCGGGACGACGAGCUGCUGUGUCGGACAGAUCACGGCUUGCUGGAGGAGCGGGGCUCCGCAGGGAGCCCGCUGAGCCCGGGGAACGUUCACGGCAGACCGCUGCACAUCUCAGAACCAGUUUCGGUCCGGCAUCCUCCACAUCACCGGAACCACGUCCACAAGCAGUCCGAGAAGACCACCCGGAUCCGGACGGUUCUGAACGAGAAGCAGCUCCACACCCUGCGGACCUGCUACAACGCCAACCCGCGACCGGACGCCUUGAUGAAGGAGCAGCUGGUGGAGAUGACCGGCCUGAGCCCCAGGGUGAUCCGCGUCUGGUUUCAGAACAAGCGCUGCAAAGACAAGAAGAGGUCCAUCCUGAUGAAGCAGCUUCAAUCACAGCAACACUGCGACAAAACCAAUCUGCAGGGUCUGACAGGCACACCUCUGGUGGCAGGCAGCCCCAUCCGGCACGACAACACCGUGCAAGGGAACCCUGUGGAGGUGCAAACCUACCAGCCACCGUGGAAAACCCUCAGCGACUUCGCCCUGCAGAGCGACCUGGACCAGCCCGCCUUCCAACAGCUGGUGUCUUUCUCCGAGUCGGGCUCUCUGGGCAACUCCUCGGGUAGCGAUGUGACCUCUCUGUCGUCUCAGCUUCCGGACACACCUAACAGCAUGGUGCCGAGUCCCGUCGACACGUGAAGAGGUCUCGAGGUCAGGUGGAGCCCCAGAGCGCGCACGCGCGCGCUUUGCAGGCAACGCGCAGAGACCUCAGUGACGUUCAAUCAAGGAAAAACGAAAAUAAGGACCAGGACGGAUUAUGCUCGAUGAUACAUUCAGGUGCCGACUGGAGGAUUGGAGGUCUGACUAUUCCCUUUACAUUAAGGCAUUUUUAGCUCACUGUCUUGCUCAAGGAUACCUCUGCAGGACGUCGAGACACUGUUGAUGGACAUUAUAGGGUUCUAGGUAUGGGACCUUUUACCAUGAUGCCAAUGCCUGAACUGUCAUCACGUGGUAAAUAUGUAACGGCAUUCAAAGACGUGAGUCUGUAAUGGACGUCUGAAGGUUACAGUAUGUUUAUCAGGAACCAAGAAUACAAACUGUAGAUGUGCAUGAUUUGUAAGUUUCAAUAUCGACUCUUGUAAAUUAAUGGAACAGAUGAGAUGCGCAUUGUUCGCGUUUUCUCCAGAAAAUAAGUUAUUAUUAUUUAUUAUGAGGAUAGCCGAUCUUAUCAAUAAAACCAUAGUUCUAUCGGAUUAUUGCAUGUAAAUUUCAUUUGUUUCGUAAACAUUUAGAAUAUUUUUAUUAUUAUAGUCGGCAAAAUAAAUGAUCAGUCAUAAAUCAGUUUUAAGGUAGUCCUAAAUGGAAACACAUCUGCUGCUUAAUGCUUGACACCGUUUAAAGGGAAGGAGUUUAGACUAUAAUCGACCCUUUAUAAGGGCAAAUUUCACACAAACAUAGUUAACCAUAGGCCACACGGUUGGACUGUCUGUCACAAAUUAAAUAUUUGGCAAAUGAAAGUGUUACAAAUCUUCACUUGCCUACAUUGCUGGGUGCUCAGUUUCUGAGUCAAGUAUCAGUGGCUGAUGGCUGACAAGAUACUAUUAAGCAUUUCGGCCAUGUGUCAUAGGUCACUGAAUCAGACACAAUAGAGUGAGAGCUGUUUAGUUCGCCUCCUCACGUUAAUUUUCUUUUUUUUAAUCAUGGCCUUGAAUUAGGCACAUCCUAUGUUUACAGCACAUUUUGCAUUAUGUAUUGAUCCCGUCAGUGAUAAAACGAUAAAAUUGGUCCUGUUUAGACAAAUGUCACAGUGCCAUUCCAACCUGGGGCCCAUGGUUACAAGUCUAGACAGAGGACAGGCAGCGGCGGCUGCUUAUCUACAUUUGGCAUCACCUGCGAAUGACACACUGAAUGGACCCAAAACAAAACGCGCAGCCGCGCAAGGCUGAGGGGGCUCCCAGCUUGAAGACGCAUCCUGGCGUGUCUUGAGUUUAUUUUCAUUCCAGUAGGAAUCCUGAACGGCAAAUAGCCGCUGGACAAGAGAGCAUGCAGGUCAAGCCAGGACUGACACACUACACCUCAACAAUUUGUUAGGGAGCAUCGACUUUUAUCAGUGAAGGAAGUGGAGUCUCAUUGUAAUUGAAAAUCCUGUUAAGUCUUUAGGCAUGCUGAUAUACAACUAAGCUUUCAACUGUGAUUAACAGUGGCAACAAUACAUUUAAGACCCCCACCUUAAGUAGAAGUAAUUAAGAAGCAUAAACUCCCCAAAUGACAUCGGCUAUGCUUACUAUUCAUUUUAAAAUAAAAUGCACGUUUUGUUGUUAGGACUUUAAAAAUUGAACAGCUCCCAAAUGUUCAACAUCAACACCGCCUUCAAACUAAUGCUGGACAAGAUGAUGACAACGAAUUUUUUUUGCCCAUUUCGAAAUGCUGCCCCAAGAAUGAUUAUGAUAUGUGUAGAUAGGGUCAGUAUUGUU